AGUAUAACUUUAUACAUGUUAAUUCCAACAAAUGUAUGGGAUUUGUGAGAGCUUUAUGAAAAACGACAUACUUGGAUUCAAAAGGCGACAUCUAGGGAGAUUAUUUGUAUCCUUUAUAGGAUGGUACGACGGCUUAAACAAGCACGAUUAGUGGCCUACGUUAACUUUUGCCUCGUCAUCAACGCCGUGCCAGAAACUAGGCCUAUAGUAUGUGUCGUCCUUGAUUGGCUUCAGUGCAGCUUUCUCGUCUCGUUGCCAGUCAGUUACCAUGCAGUAUAAGAAAGCUCUUCCCUUGGCGUUAGCCUCUCUUGCCGCCGCUCAGACACCAAGCUUGAGCGACGCUCUAGGUUCUCAAAAUUCGUCUCUGUCAUCUCUGAAUGCUCUUCUUGCAUCUAACUCCCAAUUUUCCGAGUCUCUAAAUCAGUUGCAAAACGUCACCAUUCUGGCCCCCAGCAACGAUGCUUUUAGUGCCCUGACUAUCAACAAUGAAACCACCUCCCUGCUUGACAACUCCGACUAUUUGCAGGCUUUUUUGAGCUAUCAUAUCCUGAAUGGCACAUACUAUAACGAUAAUUUUGGGGAUGAAUCUGUCUUUAUCCCUACACUGCUGACCAACAGGACGUACACCAACGUAACUGGCGGUCAGGUUGUUGAGGCCCGGCUUCACGAUAAUAACGUGACAUUCUUCAGUUCUCUAAAGGAGAAUGCUACUAUCAUCACUCCUAAUGUGAACUUCACUGGUGGCACAAUCCACAUUAUAAACAGUUUCCUCAUUAUCCCUCAGAAUGUGACAGAGACUCUGUCUAACGCAAACCUCACUGCUGCCGAGGGUGCUAUCAGCACGGCCAAUCUGACUGACUCAGUCGUUGACACUCCCAACAUUACCAUCUUCGCCCCGAACAAUGACGCCUUUAACGCAAUCGGAAGCAUUAUUAGCAACCUUACUUCGGACCAGUUGACUAACAUUGUCGGCUACCAUGUUAUCAACGGCUCUGUCAACUAUAGCGCAGAGCUGCAAAAUACAACACUUACUGCCGCCAACGGACAGGAUAUUACCAUCACCGUGGUAAAUGGCACUGUAUAUGCCAACUCGGCAAAGAUCACAGUUCCCGACAUCUUGUUGGAGAAUGGCGUGAUCCACGUAGUCGAUCAAGUCUUAAACCCGGAUAACACGUCUGCAGCCCCUGAUACGACAGCUUCGUCAGCCACACCUGCGUUCACCAACGCCAGCUCCGUAUCCGAAGGUGUACCUUUCACCAGUGGCGUUACAACCCCUACUACUACUUUCCCCGCCGCUACAUCAGCAGGCGGUUCGGCAGAGUCGUCUAGUUCAGAAGACGCAGCUAUGCCCAUGAAGACUGGUGCUGUUGGCGUAGCUGCUCUCUUUGGUGGUGCAGCCAUUAUCGCGAACUUGUGAGGAAUACUGGUUGUAUUGAAUUAAAAAUUAAUAUGAAGGAAAACGCCGUUAAUGAAAAAGCGACGGAAAUUAUAAGGGGGUAUUUGUUCCAUUAAUGUAA